AGACGUCUCUGGCUAUGCUCCAAUGCUCUUUUGGAGCGCAAUAUCUCCGCUGAUCCGGCUUGUCUUUUUAUUUUUCACGUUUGCCACGUGGCAUACGGCUCACGCAAUAAAAUGUUACUCAUGUGCAAAUGAUUUUAUUGUCUGGCAAUGGCGUCACUUCUUCCUAAAACGAAACUACGACAUAUCAACGAGUGAUCCUGAAUGUACAAGCAGAAGUUUCACUGGUUUCAGAGACUAUAUCUCCGAUCUCACACAAAGUUGCCAUUCAACGUGUUUUGUAUUUUACCUGAAUGGUACCAAUAAGGAAACUGGACACACAAAAGUUCUCGGUGUUGGCCGAGGAUGUUCUGCAAGUUUUCUAACAGAUGAUCAGCAUCUUCAUUUGGGGCUAGGCGCUCAUUCCCGGCCGUCUCAUGUUGGAGAAUACCUACCGCAUGAUUUCGAUCAGUUCGACAUAACGGAACAUUGGUGUUUUUGUGCCACGGAGAAAUGUAACUCAGAAGACUGUUUUUCAUCACCAUUUGGCUCACGAGAAUACGCGUCUUCGUACAUUGCCAAACGACUACAGUACUCUUCUUCUUAUUCACAUAAUCAAUGGAGAUAUCGAAAUACGGGUUCCUUAUGUACUUUGUCAUUUGUAUUUAUGGCAUUGUUACUUGUCUUGUACACAAUUUGUCUGUAAUAUUGACUGAAAUAAAUCGGAAUUAAAAACUUUUC